AUGCAGUUCAAGACUCUCAUUCUCUCGGCCCUUGCAGCCGCUUCCGGGGUUGUUGCCCAGCGUUCUUGCGGUACCCCUUCUCCUUCCGAGGAGCAAAUCGAGGUUGCUCAGCGCUUCCAGCUUAAGGAAGAGAAUGCUCGUGUCGAUGGCAAUGCCACUCGCCUUGCCCCCAUCAACGUCAACGUCUACUGGCACGUCAUUGCUUCAUCCAACUCCGUCAGCGGCGGGUACCUUACCCAGGCUACCCUUGACCGCCAACUCGCUGUCCUGAACACGGCUUUUGCCCCCCACGACGUGCAGUUCGCCCAGGCUGGUGCUGACUGGACCGUGAACACCAACUGGGCUGCUGAUAGGGCUGAGUUGACCAUGAAGCGAUCGCUCCGCAAGGGCACUUACGCUGAUCUGAACGUCUACUUCCUCCCUGGCACCCCCUACCUUGGAUACGCCUACUUCCCCCAGACCGUCACCACCGGCUCUUCUGCUUUCUACUAUGACGGUGUUGUCAUUCGCUCCACUUCCGUCCCUGGAGGUAGCUUGACCAAGUACAACCUCGGCCACACCGCUACUCACGAGAUUGGCCACUGGCUCGGACUUUACCACACUUUCCAGGGUUACCAGUGCGGAGGCAACGGCGACUACGUUUCUGACACUCCUUUCGAGUCUGAGGAGGCUUAUGACUGCCAGAUUGGCCGUGACACCUGCCCCACCCUUGCUGGAACCGACCCUGUCACCAACUACAUGGACUACUCCGAUGAUGCCUGCUUCACCCACUUCACCGAUGGCCAGGAGGCUCGUAUCCACUCUUACUGGGACAGCUACCGCGCUCAGUACCAGUAA